AUGAAGAGAAAGGUGGCCAUCAUUGGAGCUGGUGUCAGUGGUCUAGCUGCCAUCAGGAGCUGUCUGGAGGAGGGCCUGGAGCCCACAUGCUUUGAGAGGAGUGAUGACAUUGGGGGCCUGUGGAAAUUUUCAGAUCAUACAGAAGAGGGCAGGGCCAGCAUUUACCGGUCGGUCUUCACCAACUCUUCCAAAGAGAUGAUGUGUUUUCCAGACUUCCCCUAUCCAGACGACUUUCCCAACUUUAUGCAUAACAGCAAGCUCCAAGAAUACAUCACUUCAUUUGCCACAGAGAAGAACCUCGUAAAAUACAUACAGUUUGAGACACUUGUAACCAGUAUAAAUAAAUGUCCUGAUUUCUCAACUACUGGCAAAUGGGAAGUUACCACUGAAAAGAAGGGUAAAAAAGAAACAGCUGUCUUUGAUGCCAUAAUGAUUUGUUCUGGGCAUCAUGUAUAUCCCCAUCUACCAAAAGACUCCUUUCCAGGACUGAACCGUUUUAAAGGCAAAUGCUUCCACAGCAGGGACUAUAAGGAACCAGAAAUAUGGAAAGGAAAACGAGUCCUGGUGAUUGGCCUGGGGAACUCAGGCUGUGACAUUGCUGCAGAACUCAGCCACGUAGCUCAGCAGGUCAUGAUCAGCUCCAGAAGUGGUUCUUGGGUCAUGAGCCGGGUCUGGGACGAUGGCUACCCUUGGGACAUGCUGGUGAUCACACGAUUUCAAACUUUCCUCAAGAACAACUUACCCUCAGCCAUCUCUGACUGGUGGUACACAAGGCAGAUGAAUGCAAGAUUCAAGCAUGAAAACUACGGCUUGAUGCCUUUAAACGGAACACUCAGGAAAGAGCCCGUGUUCAACGAUGAGCUCCCAGCCCGCAUCCUCUGUGGCACUGUGUCCAUCAAGCCUAAUGUGAAGGAAUUCACGGAGACCUCCGCUGUGUUUGAGGAUGGGACCGUGUUUGAGGCCAUUGACUGUGUCAUCUUCGCCACAGGCUAUGGCUAUGCCUACCCCUUCCUGGAUGACUCCAUCAUCAAAAGCAGAAAUAAUGAGGUCACCUUGUACAAAGGCAUCUUCCCUCCUCACCUAGAAAAACCAACCAUGGCAGUGAUCGGCCUUGUCCAGUCCCUCGGUGCUGCCAUCCCCACAACUGACCUGCAGGCACGCUGGGCAGCACAAGUAAUAAAAGGAACUUGCAUUUUGCCUUCUGUAAGCGACAUGAUGGAUGAUAUUGAUGAGAAAAUGGGGAAAAAGCUCAAAUGGUUUGGCAAUAGCACCACCAUCCAGACAGAUUACAUCGUUUAUAUGGAUGAACUGGCCUCCUUCAUUGGAGCAAAGCCCAAUAUCCUAUGGCUGUUUCUCAAGGAUCCCAGGUUGGCCAUAGAAGUGUUCUUCGGCCCUUGUAGCCCCUACCAGUUCCGGCUGGUAGGCCCAGGGAAGUGGUCGGGAGCCAGGAAUGCCAUCCUAACGCAGUGGGACCGGUCCCUGAAGCCCAUGAAGACACGUGUCGUUGGUGGCGUUCAGAAGCCUUGCUUGUAUUCCCAUCUGCUCAGGCUCCUGGCUGUCCCCGUCCUGCUCAUUGCUUUGUUCCUUGUGCUGAUCUGA